AUGUCUAUGCUGCCCCAAGAGGUCCACACCGCGCUAUCUCAGCUGCUACGCGCGCUCAGCACCCCCGAUAAUGCCGUUCGAUCUCAGGCCGAAGAGCAGCUCAAUAAUGACUGGGUGCAGAAUAAGCCCGAUAUUCUGUUGAUGGGGCUGGCAGAGCAGAUCGCUGGGGCAGAGGAUACACUAACCCGUGCUUUCGCCGCUGUGCUCUUCCGAAGAAUUUCUACCAAGACCCGCAAAGACCCCAUCUCUGGUGAUGUCAAGGAGGUUUUCUUGAGCCUGCCCAACGAGCAACGCAUCGCCAUCCGUGAGAAGCUGGUGACAUGUCUGACCAGCGAGGCAGUCGCUGAUGUGCGCAGGAAGGUCGGAGAUGCAGUGGCAGAGGUUGCCCGCCAAUACACAGACAACGGCGAGCAAUGGGCCGAGCUGUUGAGCGUCCUCUUCCAGGCUAGCCAGUCCCCCGAGUCUGGACUCCGAGAGACCGCAUUCCGUAUCUUCACAACCACUCCCGGUAUCAUCGAAAAGCAGCACGAAGAAGCUGUCCUCGCCGUCUUCACGAAGGGUUUCGAGGACGAGAACAUCUCUGUGCGCAUUGCUGCUAUGGAUGCAUUUGCCUCAUUGUUCCGCUCUAUCGACAAGAAAUCGCAAGCCAAAUUCUUCUCCCUGAUGCCCGCUCUUCUCAACAUUCUCCCUCCUCUCAAGGAAUCCAGCGAGAGCGAUGAGCUCUCGUCCGCAUUCCUGGCCCUUAUCGAGCUGGCUGAAAUUAGCCCCCGGAUGUUCAAGGCAUCGUUCAGUGAUCUCGUCAAGUUCAGUAUCAGCGUCAUUGCAGAUAAGGAGCUCAGUGACCAAGUUCGCCAAAAUGCGCUCGAGUUGAUGGCGACAUUUGCCGAUUACGCGCCAAACAUGUGCAAGAAGGAGCCCAACUUUGCGAAAGAAAUGGUCACCCAAUGCCUGAGUCUGAUGACUGAUGUGGGUGCUGAUGACGAUGAUGCGGAGGAAUGGAACGCUUCUGAAGAUCUGGAACCAGAGGAGAGCGACCUCAACCACAUUGCUGGUGAACAGUGCAUGGAUCGCCUGGCAAACAAGCUCGGUGGGCAUGCUAUCCUUCAACCUGCUUUCUCAUGGAUCCCACGCAUGGUGUCUUCGUCCGCUUGGCGUGAUCGUCACGCUGCUCUGAUGGCCAUCUCUGCCAUCUCCGAAGGUUGCCGCGAGUUGAUGAUCAACGAGCUCGACCAGGUUUUGGCUCUUGUUGUCCCAGCUCUGCGGGACCCGCAUCCCCGUGUGCGCUACGCAGGUUGCAACGCUCUCGGCCAAAUGAGCACUGAUUUUGCCGGUAUCAUGCAGGAGAAAUACCACGGUAUUGUUCUCAACAACAUCAUUCCCGUGCUCAGCUCGACCGAGCCCCGUGUGCAGUCCCACGCCGCUGCCGCCCUUGUCAAUUUCUGUGAGGAAGCUGAGCGCAGCAUCUUGGAGCCUUACCUCGGUGACCUCCUGAGCCGCCUUUUGGAACUCCUGCGAAGCCCCAAGCGCUACCUUCAGGAGCAGGCGCUGUCUACCAUUGCCACUAUUGCUGACUCCGCCGAGACUGCGUUCGGCCAGUACUACGACACUCUCAUGCCGCUGCUCCUCAAUGUGCUCAAGCAGGAACAAGGCAAGGAGUACCGCUUGCUUCGUGCUAAGGCCAUGGAGUGUGCCACCUUGAUUGCUUUGGCCGUUGGUAAGGAGAAAAUGGGCGCGGAUGCUUUGAACCUUGUCAAUAUUCUUGGACACAUUCAACAGAACAUUGUUGAUGCAGAUGACCCCCAGUCGCAGUAUCUUCUCCACUGCUGGGGCCGUAUGUGCCGUGUGUUGGGUCGUGACUUUGUGCCUUAUCUUCCCGGCGUCAUGCCUCCUCUUCUGACUGUGGCUGCUGCCAAGGCUGACAUCCAGCUGCUCGAUGAUGAGGACCAAAUCGAGCAAGUCGAGCAGGACGAGGGCUGGGAGUUGGUGCCUCUGAAGGGCAAGGUGAUUGGUAUCAAGACCAGUGCCCUGGAGGACAAGAACACCGCCAUUGAGCUCAUUACCAUUUACGCUCAAAUCCUCGAAGAGGCUUUUGAGCCUUACGUGCUCGAGACCAUGGAAAAGAUUGCCAUUCCUGGACUGGCAUUCUUCUUCCACGAUCCUGUUCGUGUCUCUGCCGCGAAGCUGAUUCCUCAACUUCUCAACUCAUACAAAAAGGCCCAUGGAGGCAACUCACCUGGCUUCGCCGAGAUGUGGAACAAGGUGGCCGAGAAGAUCAUUGAAGUCUUGAGCGCCGAGCCCACUGUUGACACUCUGGCCGAGAUGUAUCAGUGCUUCUACGAGUCUGUCGAAGUGGUUGGCGUCAACAGUCUGACUCCACAGCACAUGCAGAGCUUCAUUGAGUCUGCCAAGUCUACCCUGGAGGACUACCAAAUGCGCGUGAAGCAGCGAUUGGAGGAGCAGGCUGAACUUGAGGACGGCGAUGAAGAAAAUCUCGACUAUGAGUAUGCUAUCGAAGAUGAUCAAAACCUGCUCAGUGACAUGAACAAGGCUUUCCACACGAUUUUCAAGAACCAGGGAACGACGUUCUUGCCGGCUUGGCAACAGUUGAUGCAGUUCUACGACAAUUUCAUCACCAGCCAGGACCCUACCCAACGACAGUGGGCCCUGUGCAUCAUGGACGAUGUUCUGGAGUUCUGCUCUGCCGAGUCUUGGGCUUACAAAGAUCACAUCAUGCAGCCUCUCGCCGCUGGUUUGCAGGAUGAGAAUGCCGCUAACCGCCAGGCUGCAGCUUACGGUGUUGGCGUUGCUGCACAAAAAGGCGGUGCUGUCUGGGCUGAUUUUGUGGCUGCGAGCAUUCCAAGCCUGUUCCAGGUUACUCAACACCCGCAGAACCGCACGGAGGAGCACGUCUUUGCCACCGAGAACGCCUCUGCCAGCAUUGCGAAGAUUCUGCAUUUCAAUUCUUCCAAAGUUCAGAAUGCCCAGGAGAUUGUGAACAACUGGAUCGACACUCUGCCCAUUAUUAAUGACGAGGAGGCCGCUCCGUACGCGUACUCGUUCAUUGUUCAGCUGAUUGAACAGUAUGUGUUCCGCGCCUCUGCGUCCUCUCCAUUAACUUUUCAUUUCCGAAUCUCUCUAGACAAUUGGCUGACCCUUUUCACUCUUCUCAGGCAAAACCCCGCGGUCCUCACCAAGGCCGAUCGUGUCUUUGGAUACAUUGUUCAAGCCCUCGACGCUGGCACUGUGCAAGGCCAAACAGCCGCUCGCGUUGCCCAGGCCGCCAAGCAGUUGGUGGCGGCAACCAACUUGAAUGCGGAAUCGAUCCUGGCUGGCGUCAACCCCGAUAACCAGGAACGGGUCCGCAAGUUCUUCCAGUAG